CCCCGAUCCCCAUCUCGUCUUCAAACCCAUCCCUCGAACAAUACCUGUAGUACUCCUCGAUGCGAAGCGCUCAUCCCCUUAUCGUGCGGAGCGAGACGUCCGUCUUCUGGUGAGGCGCUUAAGGCCUCGGUCACAUUUCGACUCGAUCAAGUCGGAUUGGAUUUGAGGGAACUCCGCGAUCUCCUUCUUUGCCUAGUUUUUUUCAAGCGUGCGCAUAAGAGUAACGUGCGUUGUGGUUUUGUUAAAGAGUUUCGUGGCGUGUUGGAGCGCGAUUGAGAGAUUGUUGUGUGUUACGGUGGUGGCUUUUCGAGGAUUUUCGGAGGUGUUUGCAGUUGAUUUUUACGCUGUACCGUGGUUUGCAGCUUCUGAUCGACGUGUGACGAUUUGAAGUGUGCGAUUAGUCUGUUUGGACGUACGUUGUUGAAGAGGUUAGCGAGGACGCUAACCCGGCUUCGCUCUCCGAGCUUCUUGCUCGGGGAAUAUAGCGGUGGAGACAGCAAUCGAGCUGGAUAAUAGUUGGCUUCGAUUUCUCCGCUUAUUUUGCAUCUAUCUUUUGCCGACACACAGAAAGAAGCAAGUGUUUGAGAACGGUUGAAGCUGUUCCACUAGAGUAGAUGGGAUUUCCUUCAAAGCAGCGAGACUGGUUGCUUGUGUCGCUGUCCCCACUCGACAGCAAAAAUUCUCCAUGGAUGCGCUCCACUGCAGAGUGUCAGAAUCCUACAAGGUUCUACUCUGGCCCUUCUGCCAAGCGUCAGCUCCUGCCCCGGCGACAUAAAACCCGGCGUAAGAACAGAAGAACAAUAAAAAACCGUGUUCCUUGUGCACCUUACAAUACAAGUUCUUACUUGAUGAGAGCAGGGAAGCUUGGCAUCAACGCGCCAUUGUUGUCGCCUGCAACUCCCGUGCUGGAAACGCCAGUUAUCUCUCCUAUGUUAUGGCCUUCUGAAAGUCUGGGUGAUUGCCAGGUAGCGAAUGAGCUAGGAGUCAAUGCUUAUGGUUCCAUGAACGGACGCAUUCGUCUUCGGUCGGACGACAUGGAACGAGACUCAGGCUCGUCGUCCUGCGGGGAGUCUGAGGCUGAACAUUGUGGUCGACGUCCAGCAGAUUCUGUGCAACAAUUAGAAAAGCGAAUUGAUCAUGGCUUGCAACGCUUUGAGAUGCUGUACAAUGCUGAUUCUCCGUUGAGACAUCAGGGCGUGGCCACUGAUCAAGAGACACAUAUUCAGCACCUGGAGGAGGAGAAUUUGUCACUGCAGCAGCGACUUUGGGCUAUGUCGCAAGAGCUUUCACACUUACGCAGGCGCCUGGGCCACGAUGGUGAAUUCGGAGUCGGUUCUGACGAGAGCCUCGGCAAUGGCUCAUGUGCUACCUAAAUCCAUUGCAAUAGGCUAUGGAGUCCUGCUUCGAGUACAUUUCACGUGUUUGCACCCGCUCUAUAUGCUUUGGCCUGCUGCUUUCAUGUUUCUGAGCAAAAGCCAGCCGGAAAUUGCUUGGCCGCUAAUGACCCGUUGGUACGCAUGCUACCUAACUGAUGUGCUGCACGAGUAAGGGGUUGUUCUACUGCAGCAUCUCGUUUGCAUCUUAUGCAUUUGGUCGUGGUCAACGUGACAUCAUGACUCCCAAGCAUGAGAAGUCUCACAAAGCAGACCUUCCAAAGCAAGGUAGGUAAGGUAGGUUGCAAAGAACAUACCUUGCAAAGUUCGUUAAGUUGAUAAAAAUGUACAUUUUUCGAGUUAAUCGUAACAAUUAUAAAAUCAAAAUACGGACCAAUACCACACCAAGUAUGGAUCACUCUAACCUGGAAUGAAUACUCUAGCUCAGAAGCGUGAAAUAGUCUCUCAAAUGAUAUAUAUCUGUGUCUUAUUCUAAAUAAAUAACUGUCAUGGAGUGGUCAAGUGAAUUUUGAUCAUGCCUUCACUCGGGAAAGACCGGCUGAUUCGUCAUUGUCGCAGAUUUCAGUAAGCAUCUUUAACCAGCAAGACGAUUUCUGCGCAAGGGCUUGAAAAUGUAGUGAAUAGGAUUCCGCGACACUAUUGAGGGAUUAUGAGUUUAGAAUUUGGAGGCAUUAAUUACGUCUGUGGGACCCGUCUCAUAAUAACUGUGCGCGUUGUCAUCCAUUCGACUCUUUCCAUGAAUGCAUGUGUGGUGUAACUUGCCCUGA